AUGCCUACUACAUUUUCCAGCCACAGCAUGUCAUCUGGAAGCAUGCAGGGACCCAGGGGAAGACAUCUGCUUGCCUUGGGCAGGUCUCAGGCAGUGCCAAGUAUCCACAGGGUUGUUGGGGACAUGGCUGGACUGUCAUGUGGUGAUGGGCUAGCAUUUAUGGACACAAAUAUUCUGGACAUGAAUAAAAAGGGCACCAUGAAAAAUCUGAAUGACCGUCUGGCUGCCUACCUAGACAAAGUGAUGUCCCUUGAGAAAUCUAACAUGCAACUGGAGGAGAACAUCCAAGAAUUCUACACAAAACGAGCAUCAACUGGUACCCCUGAUAUGAGUGCCUAUUUCAAUACCAUGACCCAGCUGAAAUCCCAGAUUCAAAAGGAGACUUUGAAAAAUGCUGGACUGCUCUUACAGAUCGAUAAUGCCAAACUUGCUGCUGAUGAUUUCAGGGUGAAGCUGCAAUCUGAGGUAGCCAUGCACCUGUCUUUGGAGGGAGACCUUGGGGGGCUGCGUAAGGCCCUAGAAGAAAUGAAUGCAAGUCGAGCUAGCUUGCAGGUACAAGCUGAAAAUCUCCAAGAGGAGUUGGCCUGUCUCAAAAGAAACCACAAGGAGGAGAUGGCUCCUCUCCAGGCGCAUCUGGGGGGCACUGUCAAUGUGGAGGUUGACUCCAUGCCUGGCAUUGAUUUACAAAAAACCCUGAGUGAGAUCCGCGACCAGUAUGAGGAUGUCAUAGAGAAGAACCGCCAGGAAGCUGAAGCUUUGCACCAAUCCCAGUGUGAUGCACUCAAUCAGGAGGUUUCUGUCAGCAAUGAGGCUCUACAGAAUGCUCAGAUGAAGACGGUGGAGUUGAAACGGCUGGCCCAGGCUUUGGAGAUUGAGCUGCAGUCUCUUUGGAGCAUGAAAGGAGCCCUUGAGGGGACCCUGGCCGAGGUGGAAUCCCAUUAUGGGUUGAAGUUGUCACAGUUACGUAAUCUUGUGGCUGCCCGGGAGGCAGAGCUUCUGCAAUUGAAGUCAGAUGCUCAGAACCAAGCUGAGGAUUACAAGCGACUGAUGGAUAUUAAAAACAGACUGGAACAGGAGAUAGCAACCUACCAAUGCCUUCUUGAAGGGUCUGAAUCUGAACCACCAACUUCUCCAGAACCUUCUGUAAGCCGAUGGGUGAAGACUGUCCUUGAAGAACUGGCGGAUGGCAAAGUGGUGUCAUCCCGUGUGCAGGAGGUGGGGCGCCAACAUUGA